AUGGCAACUGAAAAUCUUGCCAGUAGUCAAGCACCACCCGAUCUUCGAAGCCUGUCGUCUCUCACUGAUAGCGAUACUGAAGAACUGGACGACUGUGGUACAAUGAAGAACACUUCCCAGUGGCUCCAUCACUGCAUUGAAUAUCAGGGUACGAAACCAUACGUGGUACCAAGUUUGGAAGACCACAGGAAAGCAAUCGAGUUGAUUAUCGCUGAUCAAGGAAACAACAUACAGGACAGAGACUCUGUGGGAGUACACGUGACGAAUGUCUCGAAAGACGAGUCCUUUGACUUUGAUUCGGUACAUCACCUCCCCCUUCCGUCCCUCGUCGAGUUGUGGCCGGUUGUCUUGGACAUGGUGUACCAGGAGGGAUCAGACAGGUGCUUUGUUCGAAUCAAGUGUGACUUGAACUCUAUGGACGGGGUUACCGCCUUGCAUGCCGGACUGAAUCUUCUCGAGUAUAUGGAGUCCGGAAAAAUCUCUCCGUAUCCUUUCACAGCCUCGAACCCCCCACUUCCCGCCAACCAAUUCGAGAACUUUCAGAAUCAAUUGGGUCGCGUCGAACAGGGCAAGUUGAUGGCCAAGACCUCAGGUGAGCCGGGUGUUUGGACCCGAUCACCUUUUAUGCAUGAAUUUGAAGAUACUUUUUCGGAGCGUCCGAGCAGGCGCUACACAUCGGUGGACGUGUCCUUCAAAACCAUCAUGAAACGAAUUGAUGAAGCCAAACAAAUCCUAAACAUCCCGUUCUAUGCUGUCACGGUCAACUAUUCUCCUGCUGUUGCUUUGUCAAUCUCCCCGACUUUGGAAGAAGCAAUGGACAGGAAGAAACGAGCAUCCAAUAUUGCUUUACCUCCUGAUGGCACGGGUGCUCCGGCACCCAUGAAUGCUGCCCACGUGGAAAUGCUGUUCAACACCAUCUUUUUGAACAACUAUGGGAAGCAUGGUGCACGAAGGCUCAUUGGCAAAGUUGUCGGAUACACUUGGGAUUGGUCCGGCAUGCUGAAAAGCUUUGCCCCGUUCUUCCACAUCGUCCAGAUUCAGGACAAACUUUUUUUUCGCAUGUCUGCCUCUCCGCCUGACAUGAGGGUAUUGGAAGAGUCCAAACUCUUCGAUGACAUUGGAAAGUUCCAAAGCUUCAAGGAGCUCCCGUUCUACUCGUCUAAAAAGUGUUAA